CGGGGGUUGGGUCUUGUGGCAGCAGACGUUUUGAACUUGACUAACCGGGAAGAAAAGCGGGGCUGUUUUCCGGAAGACGUGAGCAAAAAUUAACGGCCUGCUGUCCGCGGCUGUGGCGGCUGCCGGGGCUUGCGGGGCUCCCGACUGCGCUGCUUGGACACCCGUUCCGCCCCUAGGGCACCUGGGUCUCCUGCGGGUCAGCACCGGCUCCUCGGACGAGUCGCGAUUUCGGCCUCUCCCUGAGAGCUCUGAAGGUCCGCAGGGAAGCAGCGGGCACGGAACGCAGCAUUUCGGUUCUCACAAGCGCUCCAAAGCUCUUCCCAGCUCCUCUUGUGGCAGCGUAAAGUCAAAUACUCGGGAGUGUAAACGGGCAGUAACAGUGAUUCUGAGAAAUGGACGAGAGCACUUUUCAAGCUUAUGAAGAAGAAAUCCAGGCACUGGAAGAAGAAAUUAGGCUGUUGACAGAAAAGUAUGAAGAUAUCCGACAAGAAUCCACCUUCUUUUCUGAGGAGGAGAUACUGAAGUCAAUAAAAUCAUUCCAAAGAGAAACUCAGGGAGAAACCAGGGGACAUGAAUCUCCAUCAGACCUGAAAGCUCAGCUUGAAAGUCUAGAAACAAAUCUCUCAUUUUUAAUGGAGUUUACUGGGUUUCAUUUCACAAGUCAUUCCAAGAAAACAGUGGAAAAAACUAGAGACAGGACGGUGCAGAAGCAUAGAUUAUCAGGGAAGUGUUACUCCCUGUCUUUUCAACUGGAAUUCCAGCUUCUUGAAAUGCAGAACAAUGAGAAAGUGUCUGCUGUUGUUAGUGAUCUCAGCAUUAUAAUGGAAUCCAGAGAAGAUUCAAAUGUGAGCAAGUUUGUUUCAAGCACUGAAGAACGUGGAGAUCUUCUAACAUUUUUCAGAAGCCUUUUAACCUAUGCUGAGUGGCAUGAGCAUCGUAGACGGACCUUCCUGCAUUUCAAGGCCAAGUAUCCUGACAUUGUGAGCCUUCCAGAAGGACUGCUGGGAGAUUUUAUCAUUCUAAAGAACCCCAAAAUAUCUGGGUUUGAAUUGAUGAUUGUCUGGAAGAUCCGUCUUGAUAAAGAAGGGACCACGACACCUGUCCUGGACCUCCUGCCCAAGGCACCAAAGCAAGUCCUGGAGCAGAGGAUGAGUGUGGAGAGCAUCCCUGGCAGGUUCCGGAGCGCGCUUCGGCUCUUCGGGAUCGAGGCAGCCAUCGAGAACCUGAUCAAAGUGGUGGGCUCAGAAAAAUGAAUGCCAGCAUUACUUACAC